AUGAGUGUUGCCGAUGACAACGUGUUGUAUCGGAUCAACAAGAAGAAGAUCUAUCGAGUCAAAGAAUGGCAAGCGUUCAGAGAUCAGCUAGCAAAAGAGUUAUACCCGUAUAGCAACGAGAUUGACGUUGUGGCGCAAGACUUGAGUGAAGUUGAAGAACGCGAAGAUGCCGAAGAUUUAGUAAUAUGGUUCGAGAAGACCGUACAACGGUACCAUAUGUUAAGAAGACGUUGGAAGCAUCCCAAUGCUUUCCAUUCCCAUCAGCUGAAACAAGCUCUAUUGAAUAAACUAUGCCCUGCGUUACAGGCUGAGGCUAUGAGAUCUGAUUGGCGUGAAUGGGAUUUGGAUAGAUUUAUUCAAUUCAUCCUAAAGUGCAACGACGAUCUGGCAAGAAGAAAACGAAGGAAUGCUAAAAGGGUGAAUAUGAUCGCAAAUGUAGUACCCAUGCGACCAGAAACAAAUGUGGUACCAAGGUCGAAUUAUCCACCAAGACGUGAGAUCCAACCACGAUUUUAUGAGGUGGGCGACGAAGUUCUCGAGACGCCGCGAGGCGCCACACAAGUACCGAAGGGUAUAGACAACAGACAAUGCAGAUGGU